AAUAAUGUCUUCAAAUCGUUAUUCUCCCACACAUGACUGGAAUACGAAAAACAUUUGAGUGCCCUCAACAUACACAUUCUCAAGAAUCACCUGAAUAGUUGUGCAAAUUAAAACUCAUGUUCAAUCUGGAAUGGCAAUCCUAUCUCCAAUUUUCAGGUCUAGAUUGCCCGUGGAACAUUUUUUACGAUGAAUAAUUUAUUCACAAUACUUCUGGUGCUCGGGGCGGUGACGAUCGCUUCCGCUCAGAUUCACCUCGGCCCUCUGAACGUGGACGCGUCGUCGGUGACGGCGUCCGGCGUCUCGUCAGGAGCAGCGAUGGCGACGCAGCUUCAUGUGGCGCUCUCUUCCACCGUGCACGGCGUGGCGCUGUUUGCAGGAGUGGUAUUCCAUUGCGCACAGGGGCUGCUCUCCGAGGCUCUGGUGUGCAUGGAGACCCCUGCGCUGGUGCCGGUCGCAACACUCAUCUCCGAGACAGACAACAUGGAAUCACGAGGCUCCAUUGACUCGACAUCCAAUUUGGUGGGCGACAAGGCUUACAUUUUUGCUGGGUCUCUCGACACGGUAGUCAAGCCAGGUAAUGGUCCAAAUAUUGAAGAGUUUUACUCCCACUACGGCGUCCAAUUGAUUACUGAGUACGGGGUAGUGGCCGAGCAUUGUCAGCCAACUGACAACCACGGCCCGGCCUGCUCGUAUCUGGGUGGCGACUAUAUCAACAACUGCGUGUACAAUGGCGCCUACGAAGCCUUGAAUGCGCUCUACGGCGACAUUCAGCGGCCUACUGGGUCGGAGGCGCUGCUCGGAACCUUCGCCGAGUUCGACCAAGGCGACUUCUUCACGCUUGGCCUGCCGUCGCAGUCGAGCAUGGACAACGUGGGCUACGUGUACAUCCCGUCCGCGUGUGAGGACGGCACGGUCACGUGCAAGCUACACGUAGCUCUGCACGGCUGCCUUCAGGGCAGAGAAGCGAUGGGCGACACGUUCGCUAAGAACACAGAGUACCUGCAAGUGGCAGAGCUCAACAACAUCAUCGUGAUCUUCCCACAAGCUAUCAGCACCAUCCUCAGCAACCCCAACGGCUGCUGGGACUGGUGGGGCUACACUGGAAUUGGUUAUUCCACAAACAACGCACCGCAAAUCGUUGCCAUCAGGAGGAUGAUCGAGACGGUCAUCGGAUGAAAACAUGCAAGCAGAUUUGAACCAAACUCCACAAGCACAAAGAAUAACAAGUAAAUGAUCUGCAGAAAAUAAUUACUCAUAAAAAUAAUACAAUGAUCUUACUUUAUUAUACAAUGAGUUGGAGGAAUGUCCAAGCAGGCUCUUCUAAUCUGUGCUAUCUCUGGCUAUAAAUAAAAAAUCAUCAGAAACUG